CACUGAAUUUCAUCUGUACGCGCCAGUCGUCUGCGCGGGUUCGUGACGGUCACACGUGUUAAAUUAUGAAGAGUGAGCAAAACAUCGUAUAAAAAACUUACCACAGAAAACAGUGCGUGAUAGUUAUAUUUAUCGGUGCAGAAAAUGUGCGCAUUUUAAAUGUUAUGUGAUAAUUUAUGGAGUUAUAUUAUAAUUGGGCGUUCGCAGAUUUAUUUAAAUUAAUACCCAGAGACUAGUAGUAAUAGUACAUCAUGGAAAAAUUUAUAAGAAAAAAGUGAUAAGUGAAUUUACUUAGUGGGGGUGAAGUGGACAAAAUGGCUCGGACAACCAGUUUCUUUUUUGUGUUUUUGAUAUCCUCAAUCCCUUUAAAUAGAGCUGAUAACUUAGAAUUGCUGCUUGGGACUCUCCGCACGCACCAAAAGGCAGCAUGUGACGAAGAAAUGGUUACUCUUAUUUGUCCUCGAGGAACAACAAUUAGCAUACAAGUAGCCCAGUAUGGAGCAUCGACUUCACAAAGCUCUUGUUCAUCAGAAUUAGCGGAAUAUCAACCUGUAGCUGUUGAAGUAGUAGGAGACACGUCUUGCACGUGGCCGAGUGCAUUGCAGUAUUCGUUGUUGCAGACCGUCGUUGAAGCUUGUCAGAAGAAGCGACAGUGUAAAUUUCAUACGAGCCCCAAGGCCUUCGGUGUUGACCCCUGUCCAGGUUCAAGAAGAUUCGUGGAGGUAGCCUACAAAUGUCGACCAUAUGAAUUCAGAAGUAAAGUGGGCUGUGAAAACGACGUGCUUCAUUUGAGCUGUAACCCACACUCAAGGGUUGCGAUAUAUUCGGCACAGUAUGGGCGGACGGAGUACGACUCAAUACAAUGCCCACAGCCGCGGGGAAUGAAAGAGGAAACAUGCUUAGAGCCUUAUGCUACUGAAACAUCGAUGAGGGAAUGCCAUGGAAAACGUCGAUGUGUUCUUUCAGCAGACAACAAGAUGUUUGGAAGGCCAUGUCGAACGGGAAGCAGAACAUACCUGAAAGUUGUUUAUACUUGUGUGCCCCGAACCGUUUUAAAAGAGAGGUAUGAAAGUGCUCCUGAAGAGGAUGAAGUCGCCCACGAUGUAUCAGAUCUGGAACACGAUGAUGUCGAUGAGUCUAGCGAUCGCUGGUGGGGAGAGUCAGUACCCCCAGCACCAGCAGUAGCGGCUGUCCCACCUCAACGUCCCACAGCGCAUACUAACAUUAGCAGAGACGGACCCACAACCACUCAGCCAAAACAGCAUACAUCAAAUGAUGAACAAUUUGAUAUGAUAUACGUAUACGUGAUUGCUGCUGCCACAGGAAUAUGUCUUAUGUGUCUUAUAAUCGGAGUAAUACGAUGUGUGAAGCUCAGAAACAACACAGAUCAAGCCAAAGGACCGGAUGUCUCCGCCUCUACUGACAUCCCUAACGGCUUUAAUGACAGUAUAUCGGAGGUCGAUAAUGACAUAAACAUCACAAGCCUCUCGGGCCCAGUAGACACUGUAGACUCUAGUCUGAAGCAAGACAUGCAAAUUACGAACAUGGCCAACAUGAGUCCAAAAAUCAAUCGAUACGUUGGCAGGCCAGUGCCUAAUACAUAUCCCCACGUGAGUACUAAUAUGUAUGGACAGGUUGCGGAAUAUCCCGUUGAAAUGCCUCUUCGAACAAUGCCUCAUGGAACUUUAGGACGUAGUAUGGCGGUAAAAACUUUGCCUAGAAUCCAAUUGCAAACAGAAACGGACCCUAACACUAGGAGUUUAUAUCGUUAUUCAAAUGCACAAUACUAUUUUGGGUGACAACAGGAUAAGGAUCAGUGUUCAGACGUAUCGAGGACUUACUGUUUCUAGUUGAAAUGUGUAGUGAAAAGAACUUUUUAAUGCCCUAUUUUUAAAUACAGAAACUGUGAUAUUAAUCAAAACUUUCCUAUUGUACUGUUUUCAAUCUAUUGAUACAGAAGGCGCUGUGUUUUGUCAUUAUCAGUAAUCAAAAGAAAUUCCUUUACUAGGUUUACAAAAUAAUUAGCAUUCAACAUAAUAAGAAUUAUAUAGCUGUUUAUAUAAAUAACAAUUUCGGAAAGCAAACGAAAAAGUUACAAGGCAGUACCAAGGAAUGAAAGGUUAGUAUUAUGUUCAUGACAUCUCUAUAAUUAAUUGUUUUUGGCUGAAAUUUAAAAAGUUCUUGUCAGGUCAUGCCUGUUUAGAUUGUUGGUUUAUUUUUUUAUAUCUAAAUUUACUUUCUGUCAUUUUUUUGACUUGUUUUUUAAUUAUUAAAGUCAUAUUAUAUUAAAUAUUAAUUUCAUGAUUUUUUUUAAAAUUAAUAUAGCAUAUAUAAAAUAAGUACAAAAACACAGCGUCUAAUCUAAAUUCUAAUAGUAGAGAGCCUUACAAUGGCAUUAGUUAAAAUAUAUUUACGUAGGUAUUAAAGGUUUAUAUUUUUUUAUAUUCAGUUACGAGUAGCCUACUUAUAUGUAAGGAUGUUUAUUUAGCAUUAAUAUGAAAUAGUUAUAAUAUAUUGUAGACUUUUUUGCUGUCAUUUAAAAUUUUGUUUAUGUAUGAUUAUGAACAUUGGUUUUAUGAUAACAAUUUUUUUUUUGAAAGUGUAUAACAAAACCAUACUAUUUUAAAAAUGGUGUGUAAAAAUAAAUAAGCAUUUACAAAGUAUCAUGUUAAUUUUACUUUUCAAUAUAUGAGAUAGUUUUAAUGCUGUUUUCAUAAUACUUUUGUAUAUACAUUUUUUUUUUAAAUAAAUAUGACUGACCUCAAAAAUUGGUUGCUAGAUGUAAGUUAAAUGUAAUAGUGUACAGAUAAAUUUUUAUGUCGUACAUCGAUUAAAAUUAAUGCACAGUAA